GUUCAACCCCCUCAUUUUACAGAGACAGAAACUGAGGCCCGGAGAAGUCAGCAAGCUUCCAGCCCAGGCCACCCCUCACCCCCACCCCAAAUGUGGGUGACGCAGUCUGCCCGGAAAGGGAAGUUAAGGGAGGGACUGGGGCUCUCUACAAGGCAGCAGGACCAGCUUCAGGCUCCGCCCUCCGCAUGUGGCCCCACCUCCUGCUGUGGGGGGCCACGCUCCCGCUGUGGGCCUUGGGGAACAUCAAAAUCUCCAGGUACUGUGACUAUCUGGAGUACUGGGACCUGCACCGCGGAUGCUGCCGCCGCUGCCUGGAGCGCUUUGGACCACCCAAUUGCCCAAAUUUCGAGUUCAGCCGGCAUUGUGGGCUCAGCGACCAUGGAGACCAGCUGGACUUCCCAUAUUCUCUGUGCUCGCCAGGCCUAUGUAACAGGGACUGGGCUGAGCGAUGCAGCCCUUGCCCGCACCAUCCUCUCUCCCCAUCUUGGACCCCAGCUCAGCCCCUAGCAGUCCGAGCCAAACGCUACCGAUCUCUCUGUCCUCAGGAACCCAUACCCCCCAGGAAUUGGUGUCCACGGGAAAAUGUAACAAGGCCCAUGGAAUCCUUAUCUCCAGCAAGCUCCAGAGGUCCUGAAUCAACCACUGGGAAAGGCUCCCAGGAGCCCCAGGGAUCUCCCAAGUGGAUCGCAGUCUGGUACGUGGUGGGCAUCACCGCCCUUCUGGCGGGAGGCCUGCUUGUUUCAGCUACCUUGUCGAUGUUCUUGGGGAAGUCUGAAAGCAAGGAGAAGGCUGCAGAGGCCGGGGAAACCUGCAAGUUCUUUCCCUUAACUGAGGGGUCUGUGCCCCCCACUCUGGCACACCAGCCCCUCUCACGACUUCUGGACGAGCUGGAGGUGUUGGAAGAGCUGGUUGUCCUGCUGGACCCUGAACCUGGGCCCUGUGGGGGCUCUGCCUGGGGAACCACUCGCCACUUAGCUGCCCGCUAUGGCCUCCCGGCCUCCUGGGCCACCUUUGCCUACUCCCUGCGGCCAGCACGCUCCCCACUUCGUGCCCUGCUGGAGACAGUGACGGCUCGGGAUCCCACUGCCCAGCUGGGACAGUUGGCUGACCAUCUGGGCCAACUGGGGCGUGGCGAUGCCCUGGGUGUGCUGACUAAGCUCAAGUGAGGCUGCCAGCCCCCCAGCCCCCCAGUCUGCACACCCCUCAGCCCUGCCUCCAGUUAUAAUGAAGAAUAAAGCAUGCUGCCUCUGCAUGUGUGGCUCUGAGUUCUAACUGGGGGGAUGUGGUCAUUUGAACCACGGGGCUGUUUGCUGAACGAAGGGAAGCCCCGAGUGGGCAGGGGAAUUUCUCAGAGUCCUCUGGCACCUAGAAGUGCCUGGCUCUGAGCAGUCCCAGGGGCCU